GUCGCCAACAAGACUCCCGCCUGCUGUACUAAUAACCAGUAAACAGUGUCCUUCUCCGACAGCGCAAUUUUUUCGCCCUGUUCCGUUAUCGAAGGCAGGUGCUUGAAGUAUGUUUUUUAAGAUUUCGCGCACAAGAGCAAUAUAUGCACCAGUAAUGUUCAAUUGGUUUGAGUAGCUAAUCCUAGCCUCGGGCUCAUAAGUACCCGGAACCAUUUCACUUUCACGCAAGCCUACAUCUGAAAGAGAUAUGAUGAGAGACAUUGCAUGAGAUUAAGAGGAUCUGCUUGAAUAAAGGAACUGUACUAUCUGAGAAUGCAGAGGAUGAGAGAGAAGACUGACAAGAUGGAGGAGAACAAAGCCACGAGGAAGCUGCGGGUGUGCGUGGCGACGUGUAACCGGGCGGACUACUCCAAGCUGGCGCCCAUCAUGUUUGGCAUCAAGGCCAACCCUGAUGAGUUUGAGCUGGAGGUGGUGGUGCUGGGAUCCCAUCUCAUUGAUGAUUAUGGCAACACGUUCCGGAUGAUCGAGCAGGAUGACUUUGACAUCGGCUCCAAGCUGCACACCAUCGUGCGUGGGGAGGACGAGGCAGCCAUGGUGGAGUCGGUGGGUCUGGCGCUGGUCAAGCUGCCAGAUGUCCUCCACCGCCUUCGCCCCGACGUUCUGGUCGUCCAUGGAGACCGCUUCGAUGCCCUCGCCCUGGCAACGGCUGCCGCCCUGAUGAACAUUCGCAUCCUGCACCUGGAGGGAGGAGAGGUGAGUGGCACCAUCGACGACUCCAUCCGCCACGCCAUCUCCAAGCUGGCCCACUACCACGCCUGCUGCACCCGCACCGCCGAACAGCACCUCAUCGCCAUGUGUGAGGACCACACUCGCAUCCUGUUGGCCGGCUGCCCCUCCUACGACAAGCUGCUGGCCGCCCAUCACCGUGACGACUACAUGGACAUCAUCAGGAACUGGCUCGGAGACAAUGUGAAGGAGCACGACUACAUCGUGGCCCUGCAGCACCCGGUCACCACCGACAUCAAGAACUCCAUCAAGAUCUACGAGCUGAUGUUGGACGCCCUCAUCUCCUUCAACAAGAAAACACUCAUCCUCUUCCCCAACAUAGAUGCAGGAAGUAAGGAGAUGGUGCGCGUGAUGAGGAAGAAGGGCGUCGAGCAGCACCCUAACUUCCGGGCGGUAAAGCACGUGCCGUUUGAGCAGUUCAUCCAGCUGGUGUGUCACGCUGGGGCCAUGAUCGGCAACAGCAGCUGUGGCGUCAGAGAGGCCGGGGCCUUCGGGACCCCCGUCAUCAACCUGGGGUCCAGGCAGACUGGGAGAGAGACUGGUGAAAACGUCCUCCAUGUCCGUGACGCAGACACUCAGAAUAAGAUCUACCAUGCCCUGGAGCUGCAGUUUGGGAAGAGAUACCCCUGCUCGAAGAUCUACGGCGACGGGAAUGCGGUGCCUCGCAUCCUGAAGUUCCUGCAGACCAUCGACCUUGAUGAGCCGCUGCAGAAGACCUUCUGCUUUCCCCCCGUCAAGGAGUGGGACAUCUCCCAGGACAUCGACCACAUCCUGGAGACUCAGAGCGCCCUAGCCGUCGACCUGGGGGGGACCAACCUCCGCGUGGCCAUCGUCAGCAUGAGGGGUAAGAUAGUGAAGAAGUACACCCAGGCGAACCCCAAAACCUAUGAGAUGAGGAUGGAGCUGAUACUGAAGAUGUGUACGGAGGCAGUCAUUGAUGCUGUCCAUCUCAACUGCCGGAUUCUAGGAGUGGGUGUGUCGACAGGAGGCAGAGUGAACCCCCAGGAGGGUGUGAUCCUCCACUCCACCAAGCUGAUACAGGAGUGGAGCUCCAUCGACAUCCGCACCCCCAUCUCUGACGCCCUCCACCUGCCCGUCUGGGUCGAUAACGACGGCAACUGUGCCGCCCUGGCAGAGAAGAAGUUUGGCCACGGUAAAGGAGUGGAGAACUUUGUCACCAUCAUCACUGGAACAGGCAUCGGCGGGGGCAUCAUCCAGCACAACGAGCUGAUCCACGGCAGUACGUUCUGCGCGGCUGAGCUGGGCCACAUUAUGGUGUCUCUGGACGGGCCGGAGUGCAUGUGUGGCAGCCGUGGCUGCAUCGAGGCCUACGCAUCAGGCAUGGCCCUGCAGAAAGAAGCCAAGAGGCUCCAUGAUGAGGAACUGCUGGAGGUGGAAGGGAUGGUGGAUCUGAAGAAGGCGGAGUCUGUCAGCGCCAUCCACCUCAUCAACGCAGCCCGCCUGGGCAACCACAAGGCUGAGGCCGUCCUCAGAACAGCUGGCAUGGCCCUUGGAGUGGGCAUCAUCAACAUCCUCCACAUGGUCAACCCCUCCCUGGUCAUCCUGUCGGGGGUGCUGGCCGCCCACUACCAGGCUCCUGUCCAGCAGGUCAUAGGUCAGAGAGCCCUCACCUCCGCCCAGAGCAUCCAGGUCCUGACAUCCGACCUCGAAGAGCCCGCCCUGCUGGGGGCCGCUAGCAUGGUGCUGGACUACACAACCAGGCGCAUCUAUUAAGAACAUUAUGGUGCUGGACUACACAACCAGGCGCAUCUAUUAAGAACAUUAUGGUGCUGGACUACACAACCAGGCGCAUCUAUUAACAACAUUACCGUGCUGGACUACACAACCAGGCGCAUCUAUUAUGAACGUUGGUCAGUUGCCAAGUUCUGGUUUUCAUUUCAUUGGUCCCCAAAGGAGGGCCAUAUCUUGCAGUUCCCUGGUGUAGAAAGAUGAACUUGCUAUUAGCAAAUAUAAAUGGAUAAGAUAGAAGGUAGGAUCUACAGAUAUAGCCGCCCAAUAGGACCGACAUCUAUACUACUGUCCCAGAUGGGACAAUCUGACAUGCUCUUCAAGCUAUCGCACCUUCUAUUGGACGAACCAUUGGCAAUAAUUUAUUUCAGUCAGACAAUGACAAGUUAUGUGUAUUUUCCAAAGAUUUCUUCGGUGAUACUGUCAACAUAAUAUCAUUUCUACAGCAGAUGAAAUGCCUAAUAGAGUACUGAAAUAGUAGUGUGUGUCUGAAUACAUAUAACAGCCGAUACAGUCAUGAGUACAGCCACCGUACCAUUGAAGGGCUGGGUGUGUCCAGACAAAAGAUGUGACCAAAUGAUCAUUCGCAUUCAAUUAUGCAUGUACUCAUAAUUCCAUGUUUUCUUUUUUGUUACUUCUUAAUUCUAAACGUACAAGUUUUUUUUUUAAGCCACGCUAUGAAGCAUUUACAAUAUGUAUUUUAUCUUACCGAGCUGUUAGAUCUUGGCGCCGCCAAUCUUAUUGUAAACCAGUUCUGCAACCCUGCGUGACUGACCCAAGGCCUACCCUCUCUAGGACCACCGUGACGACCUACCCUCAUGUAGCGCCAAGGCCAUGUUGUCUUGACUGUGCUGCCAGAUCGUGUCUUCGUUAUCAUUCUUUUUUUUUAUGCCUAGUCAUAUUUCAAGAUUAUGGUAUGCAAAUCAACCAUGUGAUUAUCCUGGUUUUGAUCAUGUCACAGUUUAUUUGAUUGUACUUUUGUGACCUAUCAAUUGCAAUGGUCAUUUUUACACAUUAAAAAAAAAAACACGCUAGAAAAUG